UCAAAAUUUAUAAAAAGUUAACCCAUUUUUUUAAGGGGCCAAAGACAAACAAAUAAUGGCUUCUUAUCAAGCUGUUUGUACCGCCGGUUUUGUACACCUCGUCCUUGGGAUAUCGCUAUUCCAUUCGCAAAUUGAUAGCUGUUCACCUGCUCCGAAUUUGGGCGGAUGGAUUUUCGUGGUAGCUCUAAUGCUUAUGGCCACCGAUAUUAAAAUGUAUCCGGAUCGGUAUACGCAUUUGCCAUAUGCUAUUCAGUUUCUGGUGGAGGUGAUCGCAUGUUUGGCUAUGCUGGAGUUCUUCACGAUCGUGGUGUGGUGCUCGUUGGAGAGCCUGAUUUUUCACACUGCACGGCUUUUUUUUUUAUUCUUGGGAAUGAGCGAUGAGAGUUUCUUGAACUGGGAGUAUUGGCUCCUGUUAAUACCCACCACGGCUAUGGCUGGCGUUUUAUUGUUUCUAAUUAAAAUGGCUGUUAUACCUCUCUUCGAUAUUAAGUCGGUCUAUGAAAAGCAUGAAAUUAAGGUACAUUUGGACAGGGGUGUUUACAUGGACCUGACAAGUAAAAAAAAACAGAGAAUGAGAAGGCAGAAGAAUUUCCCAGUAAAAUCGUCGAAUUAAUUAAUUUAUUUUAUAGAUAUGUGCACUCAAAUUUCAAGUUUUAUCGUUAAGCCCAAUCCAAUAAUGCUAGUUAGUAAGAGCAAAAAUUAAAAAUUGAAUUUAAAAUUUAUUUGUACAAAACCAUUUUCUAAAUU